CAACCUUGUAGCCAUUGAGAACCCUGAAUCUGAAUUUCCCUUGUCAACUGAGGAAGUACCAGGUCCCUUUGAAGAUGCUGGUGGUGAUGGAGGCAGACCGACAGUGGAUGAAGUACAGGAGUUCUGUGGUAGCUGGAAGGCCACCAGUCAUUUCACCCCACCUGGCCCUGCUGUCUGCUUUGACAAGUCCCAGUCUGGAGUGCAACGCCCCUUGCCAUUUCCAACUGAGGCAGAGUGCUUCAAGUUGUUUCUGACAGAGGAGCUGGUGGGAGAGAUAGUUGAGGAGACCAAUCGCUAUGCCUUAGAGCUACAGGAGAAGAGAGAGCCAGGAGUGAGGGGAAAACUCGCUAAAUGGGUGACAACCACAAUUAGUGAAAUGUAUACCUUCCUGGUGACAGUCCUUCUCAUGGGAAUAGUAAAGAAGAACUCCCUAAGAGAAUACUGGAGCACAGAUCCUAUGUUUGCAACUCCCUUCUUUGCCUCCCUCUUUUCCCAAGAUCGCUUCCUAGUUCUGCUGCGAUGCCUGCAUUUUGUCAACAAUGCUACUGCCAUCCUAAGUGACCCGUUACACAAAAUAAGAAAUGUUCUUAUCAGCCUGACAUCAGCAUUUGGUCGGGUCUUUGUACCAUACAAGGACCUAUGCAUUGAUGAGUCCCUGAUGUUAUGGAAAGGUAGGCUGGCGUUCCGUCAAUAUAUUCCCUCCAAAAGGCACAGGUUUGGAGUCAAGUUCUUUGUCAUGUGCGACGUGAAGACAGGAUUUGUCCAGGAUAUUAUAGUUUACACAGGGUCCACCACUGACAUCAAACAUUAUGAGGGGCUUGGGGUGUCAGGGUCCGUGGUGAUGACCAUGCUGGCUCCUCAUCUCGGCAAGGGACACACUUUGUACGUGGACAAUUGGUACAGCAGUCCCACACUCUUCCAGCAUCUGCUCUACAACAGCACAGGGGCCUGUGGCACAGUCAGGUCGAACCGGAAGGGGAUGCCGGCAUUCGGAUGCGGGAAGAUGCAGAGAGGGGAGGUGGAAUUCCAGGAGAACGGUCAACAGCUGGCAGUAAAGUGGCAUGACAAGCGAGACGUCCAUGUCCUCUCCACUGUCCAUACAGCAACCAUGUCGGCCACAGGGAAGGUGGACCACCUGACCGGAGAGAGAAAGAUCAAACCAGAUUGUGUGCUUGAUUAUAACCUCAAAAUGGGGGCCGUGGAUAAGGCAGACAUGAUAAACAGCUUUGUGGAAUGCACACGGAAAACGAACAAGUGGUAUAAGAAGAUAUUUUUCCAUCUGAUCGACACUGCUGUCCUCAACGGCAGCAUAGUUCACCGCCAACUAACAGGUGAGAUGAUUACUGAACAAGGUAUUUUUGUAAUUGGAUGUAAGAUCGGCGUGUUCCAGGGUGACGUUGUGUGGAACAGUACCUUGCUAUUCAACAACCCAGCAAUGGUCCACAUCACCAUCCAUCAUACUGCAGUCUGCGGCCACACCUUCUUUAAGGACAUAUAA